GCGCGAGCCGGCGGGCAAGCUCCGUCUGUGCGAGAGGCGGGGCCCGCGGCGGCCAGGCUGGGGUUGCGUGUGCGCGUGGCGGUGCGAACGACUGCGCGUCGCGACCCGCCGGCCGUCUCGAGCCGAGGACCUGGGGACCGACGACCGUCAGUCGCCGAGGGGCACUGGGCCCGCGCGCGCGCACGCACGCACGCACGCGGGGGCGGGGGCGGGGGCAGGCGCGCGCCCGCCUGUCGCGACUGUCGGGGCCGAGGCCCAGGGGGAGGUGGCCUGUCGCGGGUCGCCCGGCUCCCGGAGGCGAGGGGGGCGCGGGCGGAUGGCCGAAGGCGCCCAGCCGCAGCAGCCGCUUCAGCUCGGGCCCGGCGCCGCUGCCCGGGGGAUGAAGCGGGAGUCGGAGCUGGAGCUGCCGGUGCCCGGAGGCGGUGGAGACGGAGCCGAGCCCGGCCUGAGCAAGCGGCCGCGCACCGAGGAGGCGGAGGCCGCCGCCGACGACGGCGGCGGGAUGCAGAACGAGCCUCUGACCCCAGGUUAUCAUGGAUUCCCAGCACGGGACAGCCAGGGUAACCAGGAGCCAACAACAACUCCUGACGCCAUGGUCCAGCCUUUCACUACCAUCCCGUUCCCACCACCUCCACAGAACGGAAUUCCCGCAGAGUAUGGCGUGCCACACACUCAGGACUACGCCGGCCAGACCAGUGAGCAUAACCUGACCCUCUACGGGAGUACGCAGGCCCACGGGGAACAGAGCAGCAACUCGCCCAGCACACAGAACGGAUCUCUCACGCAGACGGAAGGCGGAGCGCAGACAGACGGCCAACAGUCACAGACGCAAAGCAGCGAGAAUUCAGAGAGUAAAUCCACCCCUAAGCGGCUGCACGUCUCCAAUAUCCCUUUCCGCUUCCGGGACCCUGACCUCCGGCAGAUGUUCGGGCAGUUUGGCAAAAUCCUAGAUGUAGAAAUAAUCUUUAAUGAACGCGGCUCUAAGGGAUUCGGGUUCGUAACUUUCGAGAAUAGUGCUGAUGCAGACAGGGCCAGGGAGAAAUUACACGGCACCGUGGUAGAGGGCCGUAAAAUCGAGGUGAACAACGCUACAGCACGCGUGAUGACCAACAAGAAGAUGGUCACGCCGUAUGCAAAUGGUUGGAAAUUGAGCCCUGUAGUUGGAGCUGUUUAUGGGCCCGAGUUAUAUGCAGCAUCCAGCUUUCAAGCAGAUGUGUCCCUAGGCAAUGACGCGGCAGUGCCCCUGUCAGGAAGAGGGGGCAUCAACACUUACAUUCCUUUAAUCAGUCUCCCUUUAGUUCCCGGCUUUCCUUACCCAACUGCAGCCACCACGGCGGCCGCUUUCAGAGGAGCCCACCUGAGGGGCCGGGGGCGGACGGUGUAUGGUGCCGUGCGAGCGGUGCCCCCAACAGCCAUUCCCGCCUAUCCAGGAAUAGUCUUACAGGAACCAAUCAUUAGCGCUAAAAUACCUCAGGGCGGAUACGCAGCCUACAGGUACGCACAGCCUGCCACUGCAACCGCAGCCACCGCUGCUGCGGCCGCUGCAGCCGCCUACAGCGACGGUUAUGGCAGGGUGUACACAGCUGACCCCUAUCAUGCCCUGGCCCCUGCCGCUAGCUAUGGAGUUGGCGCUGUGGCGAGUUUAUACCGAGGUGGCUACAGCCGAUUUGCCCCCUACUGAAGUGACGUGAGACCCCUGCAAAUGGGACAGCCCCCCAGUUCAUGAGGCCUGGCUAUUGCAAUAUUUACUAGUAGAGGAACUCUAUAGCAAGAUGAAGAGGAAAAACAAACAAACAAAACAAAAAAAACAAAAAAAGAGAGAAUACUUUUUUAUACCUCACUAUGUUCUUUGAAUAUGUAUUUUUCCUUUAAAUUUCUGCCUUUAAUUCUUUUGUUCCAAAGAUUGUGCAUUUUUUCUUUUUUUUUCUUUUUUUUUUUCAACUGUGGUAAAAAAAAUGCAUUUCCAUGUCUGUAUGUCCGUGCUUAGCUUAUUCAGUCCAUCACGGAAGAGGCAGUUAAUGAUGGAGGAGAGAUGUUAGGAGCUGAGGAGGCAUCUGAUCAGAAAUCAGCAGACAGAAUUACCAAAGUGCGUCUGCUCCUGCACGGCUGGGGCACGAGCGGAAGCAGAAGAGAUCUUUCUGCGACAGGAUAUUCUUCUAGUCUUCUGAGUUUCCAGUCUUUGGCAGGCAGUUCUGGUGGCUGUGGCUGGAAUCCACAUGCUGAUAAGAUGGUAGGAAUGUGUGCUUGAAAAGCAGGAGAAUUAAAAAGACACUUUCCUCUCCUCUUCCCUCUGUCUUCUCCAUUCUUUUUACAAUCAUCUUAAACGCACAGCCUGAGAGAGUUGGCAUAGUUUUUGGAAUUAUAGUAUUAAUAUUUCCAAACGUGCUCUCAGACUGGGGAUAAUAAACACCUCAUUAGGAAACCAAUCUCAGAAUGAACUCUGGAGUAUGAAAAAGAUUCUUUUCUUUCUAGCCAUCCUAGCAUUCCUGCCGGGCUUCUUCCCUUUCAGUUGAACCACAGCUUGGUCCAUCUAUCAUUUUAUUAACACCCUGCUCCUAUGUCCUCAAGAUUCAGGAAUUUAGGGCCCAGGGACAGAAGAGUAACCACAGAGCCAGUGGCCAGAUGUCCUCACUCUCGUGGCUUCAGGAUGAAGGACGAAUUGUCGAGAGCCAGUGCAGAGGGUAAAGGAAAGAAAAAGGGUAUUAGGCCCUCUGGUAACCCCGAUCUUUCUCUUCCAUCAGAAAGUCAGUACAAAGCGUAAGACAUAUAACAGAGACUCUUGGCACAAGAUAAAGCGCCGAGUCCUGGCCAGCUGCCCCUGGCCGCGUGGGAGCUGGGCACGCGGGGACAGGCAGAGGUACUUUGUACCAGCUCCAAAGCCAUAGGAAUUCUUGUCAUCCGGAGCCUUUGUGAGUCACUUCUCUCUCCGGUCUUGAGCCCUCGUGGCCAUCCCACCCAGCUUCUCAUCUCCUCCAAAGACUCGCGCCGAGCUCCUGGACCACUUGGUGCGCAUGAACACUGCAGGGCGAGCAGAGGGAUGAGGUGGCCGUGGCAGCGAGUUGCUGCUCCUGCUUCCUGGCUUCAGCUUUGUGUGUGUUACCAAGGUAGGGGAGAAGGUGUUUCUUGUCUAGCUCUUGGCUGUUGAUGAUAAAGGCGAGGGUCCUGCAGCAGUUCCAAGGUGAAGGCAUUAGAAAAUGGAAAGUGCACAGUCUGUCUGGCUCCCUGGUCUGUUCACAUUGGUACUGGGGUGACCUUUCACCCAAGAGAGAGCUGUUCAAGGGAGCAGUUCAGAGACUCGGACCUUCGUGUGUGUGAUGGGUUUGGUCUGGGUUGGUGUUUUUCCUUCUGCCGCCACACGUUCUUGACGGGUUCCCAGUGCAUGUCUCAGUUCAAACGGCUGGCGUGCGACAGCGCCGAGCGUUCUUUGUCGGCACGGCACUGCAUCUGCGAGGGCUGGAGUGUCGCUGGAACACGCAGGCCUGCCCCUUGGACUCUGUCUCGCCUGGUGAUGGGAGGGGCCUGCCCUGAAACUGGGAACAGUGAGGGCGCAGAGGCCACGGCGCAGUUCUCAGUGACCCUGGAGAGGGACGCGUGGGAUGGGGGCAGCCCACCACCCAGCCCACUGGCCACUUUUUAAGGGUUCCCCUCCCCGAGCCAAAGUUUGGUUUGUUGCUGUUAAGACAAUUUUUGUUGUAUGUAUAUAAAUAUUUUAGUUGGGAAUGGGGGAGUGGGGCUUUCACAGUUCUACAGAAUGGGGGCAGAGAGGAAUUCUUCUUUUUUCUCUUUUUCUUUUUUCGCUUUUGUUUUGAGGGAGAGCUUUUACUGACUAAAAAAACUGAUGGAAAUUUUGUGUCAUGUUCAAAGAGGGGCCAUUCUCACAAAAUGGCAAGACAUUCCUGGGUGGGGACAAGGCCACGCUCUGAACAGUCAUGCCCGCGGCAGGGAGGAGAGUGAGGCAGUGAGUUUGAGGGUCUUGUUUUCUCCAGGAAGCAACGAGGGUGAUGGUAAGUGGAGAGAAGGCGGCUUCCACACCCCUUUAGAAGAGGCAGAGCUUGAGCUGGGGUACCUUUUGUGCAUUUCAGUUCAGCUGGUUCUGGCUGAGGGUCCGAGGGCAAACUCCGUGUGUCGGGCGGAGAGGGGGGGGGUUCUGCUGCACUCCUGGAGUGCUGGGAAUACUGCAUCCUCUGGCCCCUCUCCUGAGAAGGACGAGACAGAGCUCCGCUUAUCCCUAAAGGGCCUGCGGUUUCCCGAGUCAGCACUGAGAACCGGGACUCUUGGAAGGCCCCAGAUUUGACGGUGUCGACCUCCCAUCUGCCUGAAUCGUUGAGACGCCAUCAGAGGCAGGUUCCUCAGUGUCAGUGCUCGUGGCUGCCUGACUCAGGUUCCCACCCGACUGAGCCACAGUCAGAAGAGGCAGGCGUCUUGUGAGUUUGUUAGAGGGCCCUGGGCGAGAAUUCCAAACACUUGCUGAUGCUGAACCGCAGCACAGGAAUGAUCCCAGCAGCUCCCUGUAGCUCCUCGUGUGAACUUUGUUUACUGAAAAUCUUUCUUACUCAUAGAAGCUGGGCUCCUUUAAGGAGACUGUAGUGGAAACCUUUAUCUGAAUUGGCCUCUUUCAGCCCAGACAGCCACCCUUAGGUCUCUCCCAGAAUCCCUUGUGUUACGUGGCGCAGCUCUGUUAACCCGGAUCAUCCAGGGCGAUGCCUCGUCCCUCAGGCCCUCGGGUUUUAUGGAAGCUGCCCUCGCCAUGACCCUUCGACAGCCACGGUCAGAACUGGGCUACCUUCACUUUUCCUUGAAAAGGAGGAGGGCUGGGGCUGAGCUCUCAGUCUGAGGCCAGUGAGUGGAGAUCUCUUUCUUAGAAAUGAGUGAUAGCGGCUUUUGCCCAAAAGUGCGACUUCUUGGGGGCUGAAACUGCUCUUAGUUUAGGUUGUACUUUCCUAGAGAUACAGCAGUAAGUCCGCAAAUCUCCAUCACCCUGUGACGGCACACAGCCUCCAGAUGGGAGGGAGGUGGAGGCCUGGGGCGGGGCAACUCCAAGGGUCUGCAGGAGGAGGGCUCGUCCCUCCCUCUUCCCUCCUCUUCCCUCCGGCGGGAGAACGGGGCCAAGUGAGAGGCAGUCUGGAAGGCCCUAGGUGCGUAAGGAGGGAAGGGACACCAACCCUCCCCUUUCCCAAGUCAAGCCGCCUCUCUGCUGCUUGCAACCCUCUAGCACAGUGACAUUUGCAGAAUUGCAGAUCCCCCCCCACCCCAGGUAAUAGGAGGAAAGGGACUUUGCGGGGGUGGGCAAGGGUUAGUGGUGUUUUAAAAGCAUAAGUUACCUGUUUGCACUGUUUUAAGGUAGGAAGAAUAUAGUGGGCAAGGUGAACAUCAAGCGUAAAUUUGUGUUUUUACUUUGUCAUGCUCUUGAAAACGUCUGACCAUUUGUAGUGUGUACCCACCCGUGAGACCUGAGUCUCUGUUGCAUAAAACACUUUUUCUUUGAAAUGUUACAAUCUAAAAGCCUCUUCCCUCCGUUUGCCCUUUCCUCUGUACUCCCUUCAUACUUGCUUCACUGAUCAACCAGGCAAUAGCCAUCCGAGAGCUAGAGCAUGAAGCGGGGCCCUCGCCACGUCGGCUCUGGGGGUCCUGAGCCAGCGCGCGCCCUCUGGUUCGGUGAGCGUGGUGGAGUUCCUGGCACCUGACUUUGAAACGAGACCUGCAGACCAGGCUGCAGCAGGUUCUUAGGUCCCCGAACCCCACGAGGAGCCGCGACGGGGAGGCAUCCUGGAGUAUCGCGGUUGGCUGUAGUAGCUGAGUUCUCGUCCACGUUACCGGCACUGUAGCCAGUCACAGUUCACUCAGGAAAACGGUCGGUCACUUCAGCCAUGGUAGUGCUGGUUGGCAGGGAUUGGUAACUGAGAGAACUGUUCGUCAGCCAACACGCAACCUUGCCUUUAAGGAGACGGCCAGCGAGGGGUGCAGGCCCCUGGCCGGCAGCCACGUGGGUGCCGGUGUCGCGAGGGCUCAGCUCACGCCGCAGGCAGAAAGGGAACGCCAGUUCUCCUUCCUCUCCCCACCCCUGCUCCCCGGGACCGACACCAGACUCCCAGGGGGCCGUGAGUUUUUGGGUUUUUAAAAACCGUUUGGUUUGGUUUUCCCGGGGCCUAAGUGCUUUAAGCGGUGCCCAGACCCCACUGAGACCCUGAGCGCGGUUGUUUCCUUGUAUUUUUCUGUUCACAGUAUUUGUGUGUGUGUGUGUGCUUGUUUUGGCAGCUCAUUUGGCUGUAUUAUAUAUCGAGUGAUGAAUUGACCCACUUUUCCCCUAAAGGACAUGAGUUGUUUUUCUUGUGUUACAAUUCUGCUUGUGAAAAGCCGGAGCGAGCCCGGGGCUGACCCCCCUGAGCGGGGCCUGCAGAGCGCCGAGAGCGGGGCGCACCGACCCGGACAGGCUCCCCAGCCUGCGUCUCCAGGCUCUUCAGCCCAAACCUUUGCAAGGCUGAACACGCCACAGAACUUCUCCUCCUCUUCCCCACCCGUCACCGCCCCCCAGAUGGCAGGGACUGAACCAUCCCUACAUGCAACACGCAGUUUCUCCGGCCCUUCCCAUUGCCAUGGCGGAAACAGGUACCUUCGGGUGCGGGGCAUCACGUGGGACGCUUGGAUAAUUGACCACCUCACCUUCUCUCCCUCCCCCUCCCCAGAACCACUUUCUGGGGCACCCGAGCUGCUUGCCCAGGGUCCUGUUUCCCUGCCAACUCCAGAGAAGCACCCCAGGGCUUUGCGACAGUCUCCGAUCCCCACCCCCCUUGUUAAGAAUCAUAUUGUAUAGUAGCUUUCAGACCGUACAGUAUUCAUUGGGUUACUCCUAUUAUUAUCAAGUAGCUGGAAUUGUGAAGGUCGGAGUAGUUAGAUCUUUAGCUUUUAUUCCUUAUUUUUUUUGUAUUACUAUCCAUGUGUAUAAAUUAUUGAUCAUGUUGCUGGCUUUUAUAAACUCUAAGCGAAGGGAGAGCUCUGCCUCUGCCUUUGCCAAUGGUAAUGAAGCACUGUUUUUAAAUAAAAGAGACAAACACCG